AUGCUGGGGCAUAGCAAUGUCUGGUUGACCAGGGUCAAAUCACCGGCGCGCCAGGAGCUCUACGGAUGGGGGAUCUCAUGGGACGAAAACACCUCUAUGCGGUGCAGCGUCGCAUUGGAACACAUUGUCUGGUCGGGGUGGAAGGGACUCGACGCUGGCCAGGACUCCACCGUGGUGCUUGGUGGCAGCCUGGACAAGUCAUUCCAUCGGCGCGGGUCCAGCAAGACUGGUCUUGGCAAACAAGGAAGAGGUGAUGAGGAUGAUGGUGAUGAUGGUGAUGAUGGUGAUGAUGGUGAUGAUGGUGAUGAUGAUGUUGAUGAUGCUGAUGACGAGGAACAAGGCCGGACAGCCAAGAUGGCGGAGGCCAUGUACCGCAAGGCGGUGACGAGGCUGGCUGGCUGGCUGUGGCGGGAGAACAGCCGCUCCUUCCUUGCUGGACUGGCGGCUCUUGCCCUCGACAAAACACCAGACGUUUUGGGAGGGGCAAGGGUUCGGCGAUGGGUCCAAGAUAUUCAGGCGCUGGACAUGGGACGCUGGACAUGGGACGCUGGACAUGGGACGCUGGACAUGGGACGGGUGAGGAGCAAGUGCAUCAUCUACACGGCUGCUUACUCGUCCAUUCGAGCGCAGAGCAAAUUACAUGUGGCAAUCUGGUGGGCCGGCCGCCAGAUAUCCACAUCCACGACGCGACAGCUGCCUGCCAUGAGGCGGGUGGAUCACUAA